AUGUCAUUUCCGACUUCUCUCCACGCGGCAAAAGAGAUGCUUCGUAUGAAAACCAGCGGUAACGAAUAUGCACGACUUGUUCAUGAAGCGACAAAUGAGGACCCUUGGGGUCCGACUGGUGAGCAAAUGGACAAUGUUUGUCGUGUCUUCCAAGCUGGUACUGUAAAAAUUAUGGAGGAGAUCAAGCUUCGUUUGAAGAAUCGCGACAAGUCUUGGAGACCCUGCUACAAAGCUCUUCUACUUCUGGAUCACCUGGCGCGAAAUGUUCCUGAGGUUGGACUCCCUCCCCUUUGCUCGAUACUCCCCACUUUGCAGCACAUCUCCCAGACAUUUUACUAUACGGGAAAGCAAGGAGCGGACCACGGUCUUUCUGUGAGGGAGCGUGCCAAGAAGCUCUUCGACCUUCUCAGCGAUCCUGCCACGUUGCGCGAUGAGCGUUACAAAGCUGCAGCAACACGGGCCAAAUUGAGUGGUGAGUCCAUUGGCAGCAACAUGUAUGGUGGAUUUGGUUCUUCGCAAUUCCAAGGGGGUUCGAAUGCCACACAACCUUCAAACACAUUUCAGCAUGCCUCCACUACAAGUUAUACAAUUUCACGGGAACAGCAAGAACAGGAGGAUAGAGAGCUCGCCGCCCGCAUGCAAUGUGAGGAGGAGCGCCGCGCCGGCAUAACUGUUUCUGAGGCACAGCGUAUGCUUGGACUCGAAAGGCGCAGCAACGCGGCAAAAGAGGCAUCCGAAAAAGCCGACAUGGAGCUAGCGAAGCGACUUGAGGAGGAGGAAAGACGUCGGGCGUUUGGUGGCGUGGGUGCAGCGCCCUCUGAAAUCAAGGCAACGGCGCCACCAGAAGAUAAUAUUUCUUCCAAUGCAGUUGAGGCCCAUCCAAAGGCAGAGCCUAGGCACGACAUGCUGGAUGACCUUUUUGCGUCAGCUCCCGCGGUACCAGUAACUGCCACAGCGCCUCCUAGCGCGUUCUCUAUGCCUGCCCAACAGCAGGCAGCCUCGGUAGAUCCAUUUGGAGGUUUUACAAGCAACAAUGCCCAGCAGCUGCAAACUCACCAGCAGUGGCCCCAACAACAGCAGCAGUGGCCCCAACAACAGCAGCAGUGGCCCCAGCAACAACAGCAGCAGUGGCCCCAGCAGCCGUCACAGACUCAAUUCCCGUACGCUAAUUCUCAGCCUUUAGCCGCACCCUUGCAACAACCGGCCGGUGUCCCUUCCGGUGGAGGAUGGUACAAUAUGCCGCCAACAGCUCAACAGACUCAAUCACCACCUUUGUCGCAAGCGAUGCCGACCGCACAGUCGGGCAUGUGGUCCAGUGGCGCUCCACACUCUGCUGUGGGCAUGGGAAUGGGCGCUCCCCAGGGUUAUGCACCUUUCGACAAUAUGGGCACCGGCGUGACCCAACUGAAUACGAUGGAACAACAAAUCGCACAGUUCGCUGGUCAGAACAGUGGCUUUCCACAACCUUCGUCCACUUCACUGGACGGUAUAAUGGCCGGUCGCCGGUUAGGUCAGUAG